CGCAGAGAUAUAAAUUGGUCGGCGGCAGAGCGGCCUGCAUCAGUUUCUUCUGGAACCAACAGUCAACAUGAACGCCAAGGUCCUCAUUUUCCUCGGUCUGGCAGCCUUUGCCGCCGCAGACAGCUUUGAAUCUUACGAAUACCGACCACCUCAGAGACGUUCAUCUGAGGAAUCCUACGAAUCCGGAGAAGCCAAGUACGACUUCAACUGGGCCGUCAGCCACGAUCCCUCAAGCAACGAGUUCGGACACCAGGAGGCCCGUGACGGCGACCACACUCAGGGAUCCUACUACGUGGAGCUCCCCGACGGCCGCUUUCAGACCGUCAAGUACUUCGUGGACGGCGACUCCGGCUACGUGGCUGAGGUCAACUACGAGGGCGAGGCUUCCUUCGAGUCGGGCUCAUCCGAAUCUCGCGAAUACAGAUACGUGUACGACUCCAACGAAUCCAAGUAAAGAGGAAAUGACGGACCAGCCUGGAAUAAUGAAUAUUUAGUAAAGACCUAUUUAUGUAUUUAUAAAUAAAUUUCCACAAAAAAUG